GCCGUCACCUGUUUCCCUCUCCGCCCGUAGAUCGCCCCUGGGGACUCUUCGCGGGGGGCACGCCGCCCCCGGGAGCCAGCCGACUGCAACGCCGGGGACGCAGCAUGGGCUGGCUGGGCCGGAUCGCCGUGCUGCUACUGGGAGUCCUGCUGCCCGCCCAGAGAGCCGCCGGCCAGCAGCAGGGCGGGAGCAACGUGCCGCGCCUCAAGCUGACCUACAAAGAAAUGUUUGAAUCAAACAAUCUAGUCACUUUCAAUGGUCUGGCCAAUAGCUCCAGUUACCAAACAUUCCUUUUGGAUGAAGAGAGGAGUCGACUCUAUGUUGGAGCAAAGGAUCACAUAUUUUCUUUCAACCUAGUGAACAUCAAGGAAUAUCAAAAGAUUAUCUGGCCCGUCUCUCCUGCCCGUAGGGAUGAAUGCAAGUGGGCUGGAAAAGAUAUUCUGAAAGAAUGUGCCAACUUCAUCAAAGUGCUUAAGACUUAUAACCAAACACACUUGUAUGUCUGUGGAACAGGGGCUUUCCAUCCAGUGUGCACAUACAUUGAAGUUGGAGGACAUCCUGAGGACAAUAUUUUUAAACUAGAAGAUUCACAUUUUGAAAACGGCAGAGGAAAAAGCCCCUACGACCCCAAAUUGCUGACAGCUUCUCUUUUAAUAGAUGGGGAACUUUACUCAGGAACUGCAGCAGACUUCAUGGGCAGAGAUUUUGCCAUUUUUCGUACCCUGGGGCACCACCAUCCAAUCAGGACAGAGCAGCAUGACUCCCGGUGGCUUAAUGAUCCACGGUUUAUUAGCACACAUCUGAUCCCAGAAAGUGACAACCCAGAAGAUGACAAGAUCUAUUUUUUCUUCCGUGAAAAUGCAAUUGAUGGGGAACAUUCUGGGAAAGCCAUGCAUUCCCGAAUAGGACAGAUCUGUAAGAAUGACUAUGGUGGCCACAGAAGUCUUGUUAACAAGUGGACAACAUUCCUCAAAGCCCGCCUCAUGUGUUCUGUCCCAGGGCCCAGUGGCAUUGAUACACAUUUUGACGAGCUCCAGGAUGUAUUUCUAAUGAACUCAAAAGACCCUAAAAAUCCAGUGAUCUAUGGAGUGUUUACAACCUCCAGCAACAUCUUCAAAGGAUCAGCAGUGUGCAUGUUCAGCAUGACUGAUGUGAGGCGAGUGUUCCUGGGUCCGUAUGCUCACCGAGAUGGACCUAACUAUCAGUGGGUUCCCUACCAAGGAAGAGUGCCUUAUCCUAGGCCAGGAACAUGUCCAAGUAAAACAUUUGGUGGUUUUGAUUCUACCAAGGACCUUCCUGAUGAAGUCAUUACAUUCGCAAGAAGCCAUCCAGCAAUGUACAACCCUGUAUUUCCCAUCAACAACCGCCCUAUCAUGAUCAAAACUGAUGUGGAUUACCAGUUCACACAGAUUGUCGUUGAUCGAGUGGAUGCAGAGGAUGGCCAAUAUGAUGUCAUGUUCAUUGGAACAGAUGUUGGAACUGUUUUGAAAAUUGUUUCUAUUCCUAAAGAAACUUGGCAUGAUUUGGAGGAAGUUUUAUUAGAAGAAAUGACAGUCUUUCAAGAACCCACAGCUAUUUCAGCAAUGAAGAUAUCUACAAAGCAGCAACAGCUCUACAUCGGCUCAGCUGUCGGUGUUUCCCAGCUUCCCUUACACCGCUGUGAUGUGUAUGGGAAAGCCUGUGCUGAGUGCUGCCUUGCUCGGGAUCCCUACUGUGCCUGGGAUGGCUCCUCCUGCUCUCGCUACUUCCCCGCGGCAAAGAGACGCACAAGACGGCAAGAUAUUCGGAAUGGGGAUCCUCUUACACACUGCUCGGAUCUACAGCAUCAUGAUAAUCCAAGUGGACAUGGGCUUGAAGAGAAGAUUAUCUAUGGAGUAGAGAACAGUAGUACUUUCCUGGAGUGCAGUCCAAAAUCUCAACAUGCUGUGGUUUAUUGGCAGUUCCAGAAGCAGAAUGAGGACCUCAAGGAAGAGAUCAAAGCAGAUGACCAUUUAAUCAGGACAGAACAAGGCCUCCUGCUACGGAGCUUACAGCGGAAAGAUUCAGGCAUUUACUUGUGUCAUGCUGUAGAGCACGGCUUCAUGCAAACACUUCUUAAAGUGACCCUGGAGAUUAUAGACACAGAACACCUUGAGGAGCUGCUUCAUAAAGAAGAAGAUGGGGACAGUGCCAAGAUCAAAGAGAUUUCCAACAGCAUGACCCCAAGCCAGAAGGUCUGGUACAGAGACUUCAUGCAGCUCAUCAACCAUCCCAAUCUGAACACAAUGGAUGAGUUCUGUGAGCAGGUGUGGAGAAGGGACCGCAAGCAGCGCCGGCAAAGGCCCACCAAUUCCCAAGUGAAUACAAACAAAUGGAAGCACCUACAAGAGAACAAGAAAGGUAGAAAUAGGAGGACCCAUGAAUUUGAGAGAGCACCACGAAGUGUCUGAGCUACAAUUACCUCUAGGAACUUCCUCCAAGUUGAUAACUGGAAAUGAAAUGCAAUUUAUGAGAACUUUUCCAUGGCGUUUGCAUGGAUGUUUACAAAGAACUGGGCAGCUCAAACAAUUUCCACCUGAUUUAAAAUGAACCCAGUUCAAACCUUCCUAUUGGACCCAUUCCACAAAUCUCUAGGGUUUUGAAGAUGCAAACUUACUCUGACACUAACUUAUUGUUUAGUGGGUUCUGUAGUGAGACUGACUGGGCAUUUCUCUUUGGCUUGAGGUAUAAAAAUGUCAUCUGUCAUGCUGCCAUUUUGAAAAGGAAUUAUAAGGAGAAGAGACAAAAAAACGAUCAUCAGCAAUGCUACUUUUUCUUGAAUUUGCCUAAAAACCUCACAAACUUGUAAAGCUGAUGGACACCUUCACACUUGGUUGUGCACAAGAAUGUUUUGGUUUUGUUUGGUUUACCCAUUCUCUUCUUUAUAUAUGUACUGGAAGUAUGAAAUCAAUACUGUAUGCAAUUGCCUAUCAGAGUCAGAUCGCCAUAAAUCAUUCAUUAUCAGAAGCAACAACAGCAGGAAGUGGAAUGCUUUGACCUACUACUGAUGACUUACUUCCCUAACAUUUGACCUAAAGAUAUAUUUUAUUAAAGCUAUAAUUUAAAUGUACCGCAAAAAUACA